AUGAGUGAAAUCAAGGUGAUUGGCUUCGGCGGACAGCCUGUUAUCGUCAAUACGGGGCUUUUCAUCAACAAUGCCUUUCGCCUCGCAGCGGGAGGAUCUGAGUUGAAUGUGGAGAAUCCAACGACGGGCGAUCGUCUUGCUUCGGUAUCAGCAGCUCAGAGAGAGGAUGUCGACGCGGCUGUUGCAGCGGCCCAGGCCGCCUUUUAUGGCUCAUGGAGGACUAUCCUUCCUUCCGACAGAGGCAAGCUACUCAAUCGCCUUGCUGAUCUCAUCGAGAGCAAUGCCGACGAUCUUGCUAGCCUUGAAGCUCUCGAUGCGGGAAUCUUGUUUGGGGAGUCGAAGGCGCUGCAUAUCACCCAGGCGACCGAUACGCUCCGAUAUUUUGCUGGCUGGGCCGAUAAAAUUACUGGCCAACUGCUGAGCAUCCCCCAGGGACACGCCUACACCCGACGUGAACCGGUCGGAGUGUGUGCGGCCAUUGUGCCUUGGAAUGCACCUCUCAUGAUUACUAUCUGGAAGCUCGCGCCUGCCAUUGCCGCUGGAAACGUGCUAAUCAUCAAGACGCCGGAGUUGGCUCCCUUGUACGGCCAAAAGCUAGCGGCCCUUGUGAAGGAGGCUGGCUUUCCCCCCGGCGUAAUAAACAUCAUCUGUGGUCUCGGUUCUGUUGCUGGCCAAGCCCUCGCCGAGCACAGAGAUGUAAAGAAGAUUGCCUUCACUGGCAGCGCGGUGGUGGGCCGUCAGAUUCUUAAAGCGUCGGCCUCUUCGAACUUGAAGAAGGUUACUCUAGAACUAGGCGGAAAAGGUCCCUCUAUCGUGUUUGCCGACGCCGACUUGAAUAAUGCUCUCUUCUGGACCACCACGGGGAUAACCGCUAACAACGGGCAAGUAUGUGCCGCGGGAUCGCGCAUCUAUGUCCACGCGAGCAUUUACGACAACUUCCUCCUUGCCUUUGCCGAGAAACUGGCCAAGACAUCUCAUGGUGACCCGCUCUUGAGCGAAACCACCAAGGGUCCUGUUAUCAGUCAGAGGCAGAGGGAAAAGAUUACAGAGUACAUCCGAUAUGCUAAAGAAUCCGGUAUCCGUCUGCUGGCUGGAGGCGAGGACCUUCCCGGAAACGGCUACUUUGUUGCGAACACUGCUUUUGCGGACGUGCCUGAUGAUGCUCGCAUUAUGCAAGAGGAGAUCUUUGGACCUGUGGCUUCGAUUGCCAAGUUUACCUCAGAAUCCGAGGUUAUCGCAAAGGCGAAUGCUAGCGAGUAUGGCCUCGGCGCUGCUGUGUUUACCAACGAUGUGAGCAGAGCGCAGCGCGUGUCUUCGGCAUUGGAAUGUGGCCAGGUUACCGUUAAUUGUUGGGGAAUGCUGCAUUCGAAUACGCCAUUCGGAGGAGUUAAACAAUCUGGAUUCGGUCGUGAUAUGGGAGAAGAAGCACUCGAUGGGUGGCUAACGACGAAGACGGUUAAAUAUUUCACUCUUCCUACAGAGUAA